GCUGCUGUUCAUAGUGGCUGGUGACUGUCGGAGUGCUUCUCCGUGCAAGUGUUAGCUGCAGCCCCGGGUGUCUCUUGGGAUCCCCGCAGAGUUGCCGCUCCUCUUCCCCUCAAUGCGUGACAACCAGAGCUGCUGCCGCCAGAGGAGAGACCUGCGCAUUUGUCAGCCAAGUAAGGUGAUGGUUACCAUGGUUAGCAAGGGAUGAAUUCCUGUGCUGACUCCCAGCUUGUCCAGCAAGUCUCCUGAAAAGAAGAUCCUUCUGAAAAGGAGAUUCCCUCUAUGAAUUGAACCUUUCCUCCAGCUUGACAGAUUUCUGAUGGUCCAAACCCAUGGAGGCUGACAUGAGCAUAACGUCUGUCCUAGGAGGCUCGUCUGUUCACAGAGGGACGCUGUCGUGAAGUAGGGUGGUCACCUUCAGCUCCUGCUUUCUGCCUCUACAGCAUACAGCUCUGCAGUCCAGAGGAGCAUAAGGCUCCAUUGGGGGAAUCAGGGAAGGAGGUGAACAGUAGAGAAAAGACAUUCUUCAUGCGUUCUGCAAGCUCCUGAGGGUUAAAGAAGAAGAAUCUCAGAGGAACAGCAUGCGGACAGCAAGUGCAGCGUGGCCUUUUUCCGUGUCCUGCUUCCUACUCUUCCUCUUCCUCCACCCCCUCCAAGUGGCAACAGCACACAGAGCAGAGGAUGACGUAACGCCACGCUUAAGCUUUGCCUAUGACGCAAAGGAAAGGUCGGCCAAGAGGUUCUCGGCUGAUGGAGUCUUCAAUUACACCUCUCUGCUGCUCAGUCCGGAAGAUAACGCGCUAUACGUAGGCGCGCGAGAGGCUCUCUUUGCGCUCAAUCUCAGCGAUAUCAGCAGACCGCAACUGCAGCGCAAUUUCACAUGGAGCACGCCGGAAAAGAAGCGAGAUGAGUGCAGCUUCAAAGGCAAAAAUUUGCACACUGACUGCUUCAACUACAUCAAGAUAUUGCUACGUAUCAACUCUACCCAUCUGUAUGUGUGUGGGACGUAUGCCUUCAGCCCUAUCUGUGCUUACAUUAGCACGGUGGACUUCUCGCUGGUCCGCACCGAGGCAGGGGAGAUUGUGACAGAGGAUGGACGCAGUCGCUGCCCUUUUAACCCGGAGUACAAGUCCACCGCAAUCAUGGCUGAUGGCGAGCUGUAUGCUGGCACGGUCAGUAACUUCCAAGGAAAUGAACCCAUCAUUUACAAGAGCCUUGGUCAGGGCACUGCCUUAAAGACAGAGAAUUCACUAAACUGGCUUCAAGACCCAGCUUUUGUAGGAUCAGCAUACAUCCAGGAGAGUCUGCCUAGAGGCAGCGCGGUGGGAGAUGAUGACAAGAUUUACUUCUUCUUCAGUGAAGCAGGGAAAGAGUUUGACUUCUUCGACAACACGAUUGUGUCACGCAUUGCUCGCGUGUGUAAGGGUGAUAAGGGAGGAGAGAGGGUCCUGCAGAAGAAAUGGACCACUUUCCUAAAAGCCCAGCUCUUAUGCUCCCUGCCUGAUGAUGGGUUCCCUUUCAAUAUCAUUCAGGACAUGUUCGUCCUCACCCCUAAAAAAGACGACUGGAAGAGCACAGUGUUUUAUGGAGUCUUCACCUCCCAGUGGUAUAAAGGGGCGUCUGGCAGCUCUGCGGUAUGUGCCUUCACCAUGGACCAGGUGGAGGAGGCGUUUAAUGGCCGUUACCGGGAGGUUAACAGGGAAACUCAGCAGUGGUACACCUAUAACCACCCUGUGCCAGAGCCCAGACCUGGGGCGUGCACUACCAACGCAGCCCGGGCACAGGGCAUCUCCUCCUCCCUUCAAAUGCCCGACAAGGUGCUGAACUUCGUCAAGGACCACUUCCUGAUGGACAACGUGAUCCGCAGCCAGCCUCUGCUGCUCAAACGCAGCGUUCGCUACACACAAAUCGCAGUGCACCAUGUCCAGGCUGUGCACCAGGCCUACAGUGUGCUUUUCAUCGGUUUAGAUGAUGGCAGGCUUCACAAGGCAAUCAAUGCCAAGGGCAAGAUGCACAUCAUCGAAGAGCUGAUGCUCUUCCCCAAACCUCAGCCUGUGCAGCACAUUGAGCUAGACACCGAAAAGGGUCUGCUGUUUGUGUCAUCCUACUCUGGAUUGGUGGAGAUCCCUGUUGCUAACUGCUCCAACUACCAGAGCUGUGGGGAGUGCAUCCUGUCCAGAGACCCUUACUGUGCCUGGACAGGGAGACAGUGUAUAGAUGUCAGGAAAGCUCUUCCUAAAACUAAAUUACUGCAAGACGUGGAAGAUGCCAACACAGCGUUGUGUGAUAAGACAUCGGUCACGUCCCGCUUCGCCCGCCUCCCUUCCACGCGUUUCCCAUCAUGUCAGGUCAUUUUAAUCCCAGCAAACACCUUUCGAGUGCUACCCUGUAAACUGCGCUCUAAUUUAGCUGAAAGGCGGUGGGAGUACAGUGAGAGUGCUGGGCGUUUCCUUUACCCUAGCCCUGAUGGAGGUCUAGUGGUAGUAGCCCAAGCAGACAGGGAGGAGUCCUAUGAAUGCUGGUCAGUGGAGAAGGGCUUCCGGCAACUCCUGGCCAAUUACUGUGUGAAGGCAGAGCCCCAACAUGAGAGCACCACCCCAAUAGGCCGCUCCCGCACUCCCAUGGUGCCCAAGGAGGAACCAAUGAUCCUUCCGGGUGAGGCUCGCUCGCCGCAGAUGGAAACCAAGACCUACUGGAAUGAGCUGAUCGUGGUGUGUGCUCUGCUCGGCUUCUCCCUGGUGGUUUUCUCUUUGUUCGUGGUCUAUCGGAACCGGGACCGGAUGAAGUCCAUGCUGAAAGAGGGUGAGUGCCCCAACAUGCAGCAAAAGAAGGCGCGCAUAGCAAGCAAGCCCACUGAGAGCCUGCCGCUGAACGGCAACAACAUCCCACCCUCCGUGUCAGACCAUAAAGGCUACCAAACACUCCACGACAACUACUUUUGCAGUACGCCCACCCAGGAGUGCUCCUCGCCUGAGAACAGCAAGAGCUUCUCUGAGUCUGAGAAACGGCCACUGAACCUGAAGGAGAGCCACGUGGAGAUCUCGCCCACCUGCCCACGGCCUCGGGUGCGCCUUGGUUCUGAGAUCAAAGACUCCAUCGUUUGAGACCAUGUACGUGAACAUCUAUGGAGAUGACGAUACAGUGCUGCGUUAAGGCUACAGACAACACUGAGGAAAGGGGCACACUGAAAAGACUACAAACUCAACACCAUUGGACGUUUUUAUACCAUCUGUUUUUUUGUUUUUUUUUUUUUAAUUGUUGUUAAUAUUGCACUUUCGUCCAUUGUUUUGUCUUUGGUGGUCUGUCCACAUUUUCCUCUCAGUCCCUGGUAGUUCUGGAGUGCCUACAACAGCACAACAGACAGAAUGAACAAUACUCACACUCUUAAGACAUGUGCUUAUAUGUGUCCAGGAUGAGAGCAGGAAAUACAGCAAGCUCUGGGAAGACAGUGACAUAAUGGCCAAUACUAAGUCAGCCAUGUUCUUAGCCCCAUUCCGUCCUAGACAUCUGAUGUCAUCAUUGUUGACAUUAGAUGUCAUUAGAGAUUACUAAGCUCCCACCCUCCCAUUUGCAUCACUGGUCAUGCCAUUGGAUCAUUCAUUUUCACCAUUACACUGAUCACCUCUCAAUGGUUGAUGGACCCAGAGGGACUACAAAUUCAGGUGUGGACCAUAAAGAAGCAGAGCCGUCUGCCAAGUAUGGCACCUAAAGAUCGGAGGGCGAGCCUAUGUUUAAUAGGCUAGUAAACCAGAACAGCCUGUGUAAGUGGUACAAUGUGAACAAGCUUGAUAAAAGCCUCGUGAUAUAUAUGCAAGGCCUGUAGUUGUAAAUUAUCGCGACCUCAGCACACAGCAGGCAGGCGUACUAUGCAAAGCACUGGGAUUUUAGCAGGAAAUGGAAUUCCAUCUAGAAAAGCUAAUGUAGAGCACACAGCAAUCCUGCUAGACUAACCAGAAGCCACGUCUCCAGUAUUGCUACUCAGAGAUACAACACAUACAAUCAAGUAUGCAGGUGAGACUGAGAGGCUGUUGCAAUGAUGGAGUCCAAAUUAGGGCUCCGCAUGGGCACGGCCCAAGAAGGCAAUGAUGUGAGGAGUUUUGGGAAGUAAGCAGGGAGAAGAGGCCUUAAGAGUUGAAGGACUGCACAGUCCAGGUAUCCUUUGGCCAUCAUCUGAAGAGCUUAUCUUAGGGAGAACAGCAAUGAUAUAGUGGUUUACAGAACAAAAUUUGUAGUCUACUGUGCCAAAUAUUCACACAAUAAAUUUCUAAAUCUCACAUUGGCAUAGAAAAUGGCACUAGUGGUCUAAAAAUCUUCAAAGGGCCAAACUUGAAAUAAAUGUUUUAUUAUCACCCACAGAAGUGAUACGUACUUCAUUUAUGCUAAAGGUAAUAACUUUUAUUCUUGUGAGUUCAACAUACAUUGCUGGAGAUUCAUUUACAUUUAGAAGGCAUGAGCAUCAUUAUUUACACUUCAUGUAAAUGCGUGUGCUUAGUGCUUUACAUUUCUGUUUCUGUUAAUACGAAAUGCCACGUUUAUCACAUUAGAGCCAAGGAUAAGUCGAACACAGUUCUAUUGGAUGAGUGUACGGGUGAAAUUACAUUUCAGUUACUGGCUGGUGUGUUUCAAAAUUUGGACUGGAUUUUGGCAGCUGCAGAAUAAAGCGCGAGAGAACUGCGUAAAUAAUAAAUAAUAAAAACAUGUAAUAACAAAACAUUAAUACCAUAUGUCAUGAGCAAAAUACAUGUAUAGUUAAUAAUACAAAGGUCUUCAAGGUUUAAAAAAUUCAAUUUUUAGUGAUUAUUCUUGGACAUUGUGACCUAAUAAUUUUCCAAAGAUGGACAUCAUUUUUGCACCACUGGGGGUACAAUGAAUGAACUCCAUGGAACUGCUCCUGUAAGGGCAUGCAAGCAGACAUUUGUUUUGUGGAAUGUAGUGACAAAACUUCAUUGAAAGUAUUCCAAAUCUAUUCUUUAAGUAAAAAAAAAAAAGUUAUUUAUGUUUUAGCCUAGAUGUUUUUUUUUUGUUUUUUUUUAUGUGAGAGAUCUAAUUUGAAACAUUUUGACAAAGUAGCCAUGCAUUAAGUCUGCUACUGUGCUACUGAUGGACUGCCAUUGUGGUCAUGUAUAUAUGUAAAUAUCUAUGAUAUUUGUGUGGGGCUGGUUGAAGGGUUUCGAUGUUGUGUCUGAAUACAAAACAAGGCACAGUGGCUGCUUCUUUCACAGAAUGUUGAAAAGCCUUAGCUAAAGUCGAAUGGGGCUGUAAUUCUUUUGACAAUUAUGUAGCAAGUUUUAGAGAUUUUAUGUUACACUUUAAGGCUACAUUUUGUGAAUCAAAGAUGGUGGUUUUUUUUGUUUGUUUUUUUUGUUUUUUUUAACAUGUGACAUGUAUACUGGUAGCCAUUCUCUGGCAACUCUCCAUAAAACGUAUAGACUACAAACCUUACACACACACGACUCCUCUGAUGGAUGACACCGUCAAAUUCACACUAGCAUGCUCAUUUCAAAAAAUAAUAAUUCAGGAUUGAUUGAAGGCCUUAUGACUGAGACCAGUAACUGAAAAAUAUAUUGAAAUGGACAACAUCAUUUUGUCAUGCAGUAUCCAGACAUGUCGAAACCACUGAAUGAUGAAUAGUCAUUUGUACACCACUUUACCACUGGAGUAUGCUUCUACUGUGGAAAGGUUAUCUAAACAGGUCUAUAAAGGGCAGCCAAUAAUCUCUCUCUCUCUCACACACACACACACACACACACACACACUCUCUCUCUCUCUCUCACUCUCUUUCUCUCUCUCACUCUGGCACUCUCUAUCUCUCUCCCUCUCUUUCACUGCCUUUCUAUUACCUACACAUGUAUGUACUGUUUUUAAAAAUAAAAGUUUUAUGAAAAUACCACAAUUUGACACAUUUCUAGAAGGUUUCAUUUUCAAAGGUACUUGGAAGAAUAAUUGUCAUGAACAAAAUCACUGUUUUCCAGUGCUCUUUAACAGAGUAACAAAUGUGAAUACACCCAGUUUUUUUUAUUUUGUCUCAGUACUGGAGUUAGAGCUUCAGUCAACUAUACUCUUAAAUGCUCCAAAUCCAUUCGAUAUAACAGUUUACCAGGUCACUCUGACUUAUUGUAAGUUAACGUCUUGUGAACGUUGUAAAGGUGUAUUUGUAAAGUUCGCUGCCAAUGUAAAAAAAAGAAAAAAAAGAACAAAUGUUGUGAAAUGUACUUUUUGUAUUAUACUUCAACUACUGUUUCUG